AUGAUGGACAUCAGAUGCGCAACAUAUAUCCGAACAAGCACUGUGAGACCGAGCAUACGAUAUAUUGUGAGCUGGUGCAAGAGUUGGGAGGGACAGGUGACAGCUGUGGCAAUGUGUCGGCGACAGCAAGGUCGUCUCAAGAAUGGGCUUAAGGGCAUCGUAUAUUGCAAUAGCAAGGAAGAGAAAGGGGGCUUCAUAACGGCAACGUCAGCGCUUGGAAUGGGGGUGGACUUUCCCAGUGUCGUGUUCAUCAUGCAUGUAGGCGUACCGUGGAGUAUGAUAGACUAUGCGCAAGAGAGUGGGCGAGGAGGGCGUGCAGGCGAAGCAACAGACUCCGUGAUUAUUGUUGAGGAAGGCGCAGUGGAACAGAGAAUUGCGAAUAGUAAUGGGUCGGCGGAUGUGCACGCUAUAGGGCAUUUCAUACAGAUAAGUGGGUGCAGGCGGGGGGCGAUGAGUGAGUACUUGGAUGGGAAUAGGGUUGAGUGCGGCGAUAUAGACUUGACAGGAUGCGAUCGAUGUGGAGAAGGUUUGGCAGAGUGGCAAGAGUCCAACUCACGUUGGGGAUGGGAAUGGGAUAGGGUACAGAUAAUACUGGAUGAAUUGACGAGAGGGUAUGUGGUGUGUUGGGUAGUGGGUGAGUCAAUGCUACUGGUGGAGAGUGAUUUCUGGGCUUCAUAUGACACGCGAGAUUGUAGAAGCUAUAAGGGGAUGACAGAUAGUGAACUGAAGAAGUUUCGAGGCUCAAUAUAA